CGUCUGGAGCGGGUGGGGGGCGCGCGCAGUGGGGAGGACUCUCGCCGCCGGAGCGCGGCCCGGUCCGCCAUUUUGUCCGCCUUCCUGGGGGGCGGGAUACGUGAGGCGGCGAGUUCUCCUUGUAAUCAAUAAACGCUUGCUUGCUUAAACCAUCUAUGAGUCGGUAGUCUGUCUCUGGGGGACUCGCUCUGUAACAUUUAGAGGCCCCUGCGAGAUACCCACGGGGGUCUCGGACCCCCGCAAGCAAGCAGCCCGGGUUCCUGUCUCCUGGCCGCGGCAGCUGACCUCGGACGUCCCAGCAGCAUUGUCUCUACAGGCGUUACAGCAGACCAGGGAAGAGGUCCACAGGCUGGUCCGCCAACCAAGGCCAGAGGCAAAGCCACAAUCCAGGACUCCGGUGGCCCAACCUGGGAGUCUCGUCUGGAUCAAGAGAUUAAACCCUGGGCAGUUAGAACCGAGGUGGGAAGGACCCUUCAUUGUUGUUCUCAGUACUCCUACAGCCGUCAAGGUAGCUGGAAAGCAGCACUGGAUACAUCACACCCGGCUGAAAAAGACACCUGAAGAACUACCAGGGGACCAGGAGAAAUGGCAGAUCAGCCCGACCGACGACCCACUCAAGGUCAAGUUAACCCGGGUGGGGAAAGAAUAAUAACGUUACUACUCCUAUUGGCGACUCUGCCCCACCCUUCAGAGAGUGGGCUAGGGCCCCCACCCAAUGCACAGGACUUAGUGCGGGCACUUUAUGGGAGCCCUUGUGACUGCACGGGAGGGAGUACGGGAGUGACUCCGUCCCAAUACUCCCAAACAACUGAUUGUGGCAGUAGAACAGCCUACUUAACUUUUGAGACUUUGAAGGGGGACGGAUUUAAACAGGGAUGGAAAUGUGUCAGUAAACCUAAAAUCAUACUGCCAGUGAAGGGCAAACCCGGACCGUGCCCUUCCGACUGUCAGAUGGCCACAGAAAUGCAUUCCACUUGCUACCGGGAGGUCCAGCAUUGCACCCAUACAGAUGGGAAAGUCUAUCUAACUGCCAUCCUGCAGAGGACGUACUCUGGUUCUUUCGGAGGGGACUGGGACACUAGCAGUAGCCAAGGGUACUCCAAGCUCGCUCAGGCCUCCUGCCGAGGCAAUCUUGGCCAGGCUAGCUGCUGGUCGCCACGUGCCCCAGUCCACGUAUCUGAUGGGGGGGGACCCACUGAUCGGGUUAGAGAAGCUGAGGUACAAGAACAGAUAGAACAGAUGAUUCACUCCUUGUACCCACCCCUCCGCAAGCCCAGGGACAUCGAUCUAGAUGCCCAGACCUCCGACAUCUUAGAGGCUACCCUCAGAGCUCUAAAUGGCUCUAACCCGUCACUGGCCGCAGACUGUUGGCUAUGUAUGACUCUUGGGACAGCCAUGCCCCUUGCCCUCCCCGCCGGGAAUUCUUCCAUACAGGAGGCUGGAAGCUGCAGCCUCACCCUUCCCUUCAGAAUACAGCCCGUAGGGUUCAGUACCUCCCCAUGUUUUAGGGGGCUGUUCCAGAACAAUAGCUAUGACUUAGAUGUAGGGUAUCAGACUUUCUCCGAGUGCACCCAGGUCUCAAACCACUCCACACCCCUCUGCCCAGCCCCUGGGCAGGUUUUUGUUUGCGGGGGUAGCCUGGCCUUCACAGCCCUACCUGUCAACUGGACAGGAUUAUGCAUACAGGCUAUUAUCCUCCCCGAUAUAGACAUUAUCCCAGGUGAAGAGCCCGUUCCCCUUCCUAGUCUUGAUUACAUAGCAGGACGCAGUAAAAGGGCUAUCCAAUUUAUUCCCCUACUCUUAGGCCUAGGAGUUUCGGGUGCUGUGGCAUCGGGCUCCGCAGGACUAGGAGUAGCUGUACACUCCUAUACCAAGCUUUCCAAUCAGCUAAUUGAUGAUGUUCCAGCCCUCUCAGGAACUAUAAAUGACCCCCAAGACCAAAUAGACUCUCUAGCUGAAGUCGUCCUCCAGAACCGGAGGGGGCUCGACUUACUCACUGCAGAGCAGAGAGGGAUCUGCUUAGCCCUACAGGAACGCUGCUGCUUCUAUGCCAACAAAUCGGGAAUCGUCCGAGACAAGAUCAAGAAGCUCCAGGAGGAUCUAGUCAAGAGGAGGAAAGAACUGGUCGACAACCCCUUAUGGAGCAGCUUCAACGGACUCCUCCCCUAUCUACUUCCCCUUUUGGGGCCACUACUUGGACUGGUACUAAUGUUAACUAUAGCCCCCUGCAUUUUUAGGUCGAUAGCUAACAUGAUUCAAGCUAGGACUCAGGACCUUAAGAUCCCUGCUCUCCGUGUCCAGUACCAAAAUGUUGCUAUAGACAAGGAGAGUGAGAGCGAAUCAAAGGUUUGAUUCGCCUGUAUGAGGAGUGGGGAAUGAGAUAGAAAUUACAGGGUGGGGGGCUCAACCAGGGUGGAAAAGUACUGAACAUAGCUUGUAACUUAAGUCAGACCUAGGGGAAAACCAGACUUGAAAAACAAGUCCAAAUAAGGGUGGCAUCUGGGGAAAGAAGGAAGCUGAGCGAAGCCUGUCAGGGAGAAGAAUAGCUUUAGCAGGAAUUCCGCCUGGCCCUCGCCCGGGGGCGGGCUGUUAGUUUAGUAGCCAACCAAUAGGAAUAGGACAGAUCAGCCAGGGUCGGGAGGGUGAUAAAAGGAGGGACGGCCCCUCCGCCCUUCGCCCGGCGAUUGCCUGCUGCUGUGUCAGCUAACGCAGGGGCCCAGAUCCGGAUCUGUAAUCAAUAAACGCUUGCUUGCUUAAACCA